AUGACGGUGGGACAGGCCCAAGGACCCAGCUCGAAGCUUUUCCAGCCUCUUAAGAUUGCCAAUGGCAAAAUUACCCUCAGCCACCGGGUGGUGCACGCCCCUCUCACUCGCAACCGAGGGGUACCGUUGAACCUAGCCAACGCCCCUGAAAAUCCCAAUAGGAUCUGGUAUCCUGGGGACUUGAUGGUCGAAUAUUAUCGUCAACGCGCAACCCCGGGCGGGUUAAUUAUCUCGGAGGGUGUCCCUCCAUCGCUGGAGAGCAAUGGAAUGCCAGGCGUCCCCGGCCUCUUCACCAAGGAGCAGGCUGCUGGAUGGAAACGGGUAGUGGAUACGGUGCACGCCCAGGGAGGUUACAUCUACUGUCAACUUUGGCACGCUGGCCGUGCGACCAUCCCGCAGAUGACCGGAUCGCCUCCCGUGUCCGCUUCCGCCAGUGCCUGGGACGACCCGACAGAACGCUACACCCAUCCCCCGGUGGGGUCAACGCAGCCCCCUCUCUACGCAGACCAUCCUCCGAUCGAGUUGACCGUCGCGCACAUCCAGCAAACCAUCCAAGACUACUGCGACGCCGCCAAGACCGCCAUCGAGAUCGGGUUCGAUGGCGUCGAGCUGCAUGGCGGCAACGGCUACCUGCUCGAGCAGUUCCUGAGUUCGAACAUAAACAAGCGGACGGACGACUACGGCGGCACUCCCGAGAAACGGUGCCGGUUUGUGCUCGAGCUGGUGGACGAAGUGGCCAAGACGGUGGGCGAGGAAAAUCUGGCGAUCCGACUCACCCCGUUCGGGUUAUACAACCAGGCGCGUGGUGAGCAGCGCAUGGAGACCUGGACUUAUCUGUGCAAAUCACUGAAGGAAACCCAUCCCGGUCUUUCCUACGUCAGCUUUGUUGAACCCCGCUACGAGCAAAUCUUCAACUACGAGGAAAAAGACCAGUUUCUCCAGAGCUGGGGACUUCUGAACGUCGACCUCUCCGCGUUCCGUACGAUCUUCGGGUCCACGCCCUUUUUCUCGGCCGGCGGCUGGGACCAGACCAACUCAUGGGGCGUGGUGGAGGAGGGCCGCUACGACGCCCUUAUUUACGGCCGCUACUUCACGAGCAACCCGGACUUGGUGGAGAGGCUGCGAAGUGGUAUCCCGUUUGCCCCGUAUGAUCGCUCGCGCUUCUAUGGCCCGUUUGAGGAUAACGCCUUGCACUAUGUGGACUACGCGCCGGCUGCGCAGGACCAGACUUCCAUCCACAUCAAGUUCGCUUAUGAUUGA